AUGGCGACCACCGACUUGAUUCCAGCGCCUCACGAUGGCCCAGUACAGCAUCGGCGCAGACCAUUCUCGACGUGGGUCAAGAAGCUCACCAACUUCAAGUCGUCCUCCGAUGGCGAGCGACAGAAGCGACACAUACGGAUACGACGCGGCCCCAAGCUCAACAACCCGUAUCCUCAGUCCGGGCACGUCAGCAACAACCACCCCAACGGCCAGCAGAGCUCCUAUUCAUUCGCUACCGGCCGUACCGACUGCAGUCUCUCCACGAUAGAUCCGCCAACCCGCUACUCGGCAGAUGGCUGUGCACCACAGACCUCCGGCGGGAUGAGUUUGACCACGACCAUCUCGACCGAGACCGAAACCGACGCCCCUCGAUCCGUCAUCGCACCGAGUCGCGCGCCGAGCACAGUGACGAGAACAAGCAGGACGGUUGGCGAAGGUCACGAAUCCAGGCGAGGCGGCGAUAGCACAUUCUCAAGCCCUUCGCCAUCGGUCAGGUCGCUCGCGACGACGCUGACCACGAUUCAAUCUCUUGCCCCCCACGGGCAGGCCCCCCCAGCCAUUCCCGACGGCUUCGCCAUACCGGCGCAUCUCAUGCCGUCAAACCAUCUGACGACGUACGCUUCGGCCACGGCCAACAACCUUCUCACGGACAAUGCCUCCAUCCUGACUCUGGCGUCGUCGAGUAAGCGAGGGCGUCGUCGGUCGAUGGACACCGAUGCGUCUGUCCGCGCCCUUGCGCCGUCGUCGCUCUGGGGCGGCAGUCGCGAGAGCCUACCCCUGAGCGUGCUCAGCGCCAACAUCGACCCGUCCAGCAUCGGGCCAACAUCCAGCCUUCACAACGCUUCCAGGAUCGGCGCAGAGCGGAACAGCAUAUACUCGGCAACCGGGGUGGCCCCGGCGAUUCCCAGCGAGCGCAACAGUCUCUAUGCUAAGCAAGGCGACGGUGCAAGCGUCCGAAGUGGCCGCCUGGGACACGGACGCCCCGACUCUAUAAGCGGCAGCGUUGCACUCGCCAGCCCCCGAGAGGUACCUGAUAAGCGAAGCCUUGUCGAAAGCAGAGAGGAGAUCCAGCUAACAACCGCUUCCAAGGAGGACUAA